UCAAGUUAAGGGUAUCUUUUAUAAAACGAAGCAAGGAUGUCCAGUGUUGCUAGUAUGUUCAAGGGUGCUCCCAGCAAGCCUUUAUUAAAACAAAUAUACAGACUCAAUCUUAUAUCGGGUGCCUCAACAAAAGCUUACAAGCUUGACUCCUCCAAAUAUAAAACCGUCGAAUUGAUGUUAGCACUGAAAUCUGUUUAUGGUCCAGCUGCUGGGUUGAAAAAGUUUUGGAGAGAAAACUUGCCAGCAUUAAAGUUCCAUAAUGAAGAUGUUAACUUUGUCGUUACUAGAGUAAGACCUAAUUCAGAUUCACACCAAGAUAUCUGUGCAAUUCCAAAUAAGAUAAUCGUUCAUGAUGCUUCCGGCAACAAGUCAGAAAUAGACUGCAAGGGAAAACAUGCAUCUAAUAUUCUUCGCAAACUUGUCCAACUCACUAAUGCCGAAAAAGUUGCAGAUUCUGAAAUACCUCGUCUAGAAUUCCCUAAUCAACAUUAGUUUGAACCAUCUUGUAAAUAAUCCCAACUCCAUUUUAAUAUAUAUUAGUAUACGUUUUAAGAUCUGA